AUGGCGGCUCAGGGCGGCGGGUGGCGGUGGGCGCUGGGGCUGGGGCUGGCGCUGGCUUUGGGGCUGGGCGGCCGCCGCUGUUGCUGUCCCGCCGCCGCCCUGCCGUUCCUCAACGCGUCGGCCGUUCCCGAGCGCUGCCGCCGCCCCGCCACUUGCGAACGGCUCCGGUACGGUGCCUGCCUGGGUUCGGCGCUUCCUUACGCCGCUACCUCCACGGUGUUGGCAGCCGACUCCGAGUCGCAGGAGGAGGCUCAUGGAAAGCUCCUGCUCUGGUCCGGUAUGGACGGGGAUGAGGGGGUUGAUGCCACUGUCCCCACAGGCCUGCGCAAUGCCCCACGCUGCUGGGAUGUCAUCCAGCCCCUGCUCUGUGCUGUCUACAUGCCCAAGUGUGAGGAUGGCCAGGUGGAGCUGCCCAGCCAGACCCUCUGCCAGGCCACCCGUGCACCCUGCACCAUUGUGGAGCGCGAGCGUGGUUGGCCUGACUUCCUCAAGUGCACACCUGACCGCUUCCCUGAGGGAUGCCCGAAUGAGGUGCAGAACAUCAAGUUCAACAACUCGGGGCAGUGUGAGGCACCGCUGGUGAGGACGGACAACCCCAAGAGCUGGUACGAGGACGUGGAGGGUUGUGGCAUCCAGUGCCAGAACCCACUCUUCACCGAGAAGGAGCACCGCGAGAUGCACGUCUACAUCGCUGCCUUCAGCUCCGUCACCAUCUUCUGCACCUUCUUCACCCUGGCCACGUUCGUUGCUGACUGGAGGAACUCCAACCGCUACCCUGCUGUCAUCCUCUUCUACGUCAACGCCUGCUUCUUCGUGGGCAGCAUCGGCUGGUUGGCGCAGUUCAUGGACGGUGCCCGCAACGAGAUCGUCUGCCGAGCUGACGGCACCAUGCGGCUGGGAGAACCCACCUCCAACGAGACGCUCUCCUGCGUCAUCAUCUUUGUCAUCGUCUACUACUCGCUGAUGUCUGGUGUCAUCUGGUUUGUCAUGCUGACCUAUGCCUGGCACACCUCCUUCAAGGCUCUGGGCACCACCUACCAGCCACUCCUGGGCAAGACCUCCUAUUUCCACCUCAUCACCUGGUCCAUCCCCUUUGUCCUCACCGUGGCCAUCCUGGCUGUGGCACAGGUUGAUGGUGACUCUGUCAGUGGCAUCUGCUUUGUGGGCUACAAGAACUACCGCUACCGGGCUGGCUUCGUCCUGGCACCCAUUGGCCUUGUCCUCAUCGUUGGUGGCUAUUUCCUUAUCCGGGGGGUCAUGACUCUCUUCUCCAUCAAGAGCAACCACCCCGGGCUGCUGAGUGAGAAGGCAGCCAGCAAGAUUAAUGAGACCAUGCUGCGCCUGGGCAUCUUUGGCUUCUUGGCCUUUGGCUUUGUCUUCAUCACAUUUGGCUGCCACUUCUACGACUUCUUCAACCAGGCGGAGUGGGAGCGCAGCUUCCGGGAAUACGUCCUGUGUGAGGCCAACGUGACCAUUGCCACACAGACCAACAAGCCCAUCCCAGACUGUGAGAUCAAGAACCGCCCGAGCUUGCUGGUGGAGAAGAUCAACCUCUUUGCUAUGUUUGGCACUGGAGUCUCCAUGAGCACCUGGGUCUGGACCAAGGCUACCCUGCUCAUUUGGAAGCGCACCUGGUGCAGGCUGACGGGGCAGAGCGAUGACCAGCCCAAGAGGAUCAAGAAGAGCAAGAUGAUUGCGAAGGCCUUCUCCAAGCGCAAGGAGCUGCUGCGUGACCCGGGCCAGGAGCUGUCCUUCAGCAUGCACACUGUGUCACAUGAUGGCCCUGUGGCUGGUUUAGCAUUUGACAUCAAUGAGCCAUCAGCUGAUGUCUCCUCAGCGUGGGCCCAGCAUGUCACCAAGAUGGUGGCCAGAAGAGGAGCUAUUCUGCCCCAGGACAUCUCUGUGACACCUGUGGCAACCCCUGUGCCACCAGAGGAGAGGACCAACCUCUGGGUGGUGGAGGCUGAUGUCUCUCCUGAGCUGCAGAAGCACAGCGGCCGCAAGAAGAAGCGGAGGAAGAAGAAGAAGGAGGAGGUGUGCCCAGAUCCCGAGCGCUGCCUGGGGCGUUCUGCAGCAGCACCAGCCCCAAGUGCUGUCCCUCGCCUGCCCCGGUUGCCUCCCCAGCCCUGCCUGGUUGCCUUUGCCCCUGAUGCCAUCCCAGGACUCCCACCUGAAGCCGCCUUCUCUGGAGGACCAUGGGGUGGCCACCGCAGAGCCAACGUCUUCCACCUCGUCAGCAACCCCUUCUGCCCUGAGAAUGGCUCCCCUGAGGAGGAGAGCCCUGGCCCCAGCAACAGGCCCCAGCAGUGCAACGGGGGGCUGCUCUGGCCCCCCAACCAUGGCCCCCUGCCCUAUGGUGGUGGUGGUGGGUCCAGGACUCAGGCCCGACGAGCUGGCUUGGCCCCCAUCCACUCUCGGACCAACCUGAUGGACACUGAGCUGCUGGAUGCCGAUUCAGACUUCUAAGCCUCGAUGGGACACUGUGAGGUGUUCGGGACAGGCGAGAUGAGCCCCAGUGCCUCAUCCAGCGUGGGCAGCACUGCGAGGGGACACCAAAGCCACCUUGUCCCACUGUGAAGGGCCCCAACAUCUGAUGUCUCCAAGCAGUCUCUCCUCAGAGGAUGGUGUUUCUUGCCGGGCAAGAAGAGCUUUGGAGUGGCCUCCCGGCAGCGCUGUGAGAAGAGAAACAAGGUGCUGGUGGAACAAACCUCGCCCAGGUCCUGCAGGGAUUUAAGGAUAAGGGAGGUGGACAAGGACAGGAGCUGGUUGCCCUCACCCAGGGCUAGAAGGUCCGUAGAGCUUCCAAACACUUGUGCCAAUAGUUGUAUUUUUUUCCCUUAUUUUCAUUUUUUUGAGUCUUUUUUUUUGUGACACCUUGAGACGUAGUGGCCAGGCUGAACCCUCCCCCCCAGCACUUCAUGGGGCAGCAGAAGCGUGCCUGAGGUCACCCCAGUUAUGUGGUCAUGGAGGUGUUGGGGAAAAGGUUGGACUUGAUGAUCUUAGAGGUCUUUUCCAACCUUAAUGAUUCUAUGAUUCUUCCUUUUUUACUUUGAGGGGGGGGGGGAUGUGCUCCCCUAUUCCUUCAGUGGUCCCAAAGUGCCUUCAGGCACUUCCAAGAACUGAACUGGACCUGAACUGGAGAGUCGGUGGCAUGGUGGUCCUUGGGGAGGAGCUGAACCAGACCCACACUGGAGGGUUGGUGGGAUGGCAGUCCUUGGGGAAAUGCUGAAGCAGACCCAAACUGAAGGGUUGAUGGGAUGGCAGCUCCUAAUGAGGAGCCUUACUAGACCCAAACUGGAGAGUUGGUGGGAUGGCAACCCCCAGAUACAGAAGAUGGGUCUGGUGGAGUGAUGGUAGGGUGCUCCCGAAGCCACAAUGAGAUACAACCCCACAAUUUAAGCCCCUCUAUGGGGUUGCCUUUGCUUUCUGAGUGCUCCAGCCCUUCUGAGCAAUGCUGCUUGUUGCUUUUUAAGGAAAAAAAAAACCAACAAACAAACCAGUUUAGAGUACACUUUGAGGUGGGAGACCUUCAGCCCCUGCUGGUGUCCCUCUCUGUUAUCCCCACACACGUCUGUGUUCCAUCCUGGCAGUCUCCUGGUUGUUUUCUUUAUCCCAGUGACCUCCAUGGGUGGGUUUCUUGGUUUUGUUUUGGGUUUGGUUUUUUUUUCUGUAUAAAGGAAAACCCCUGUAUCAGUAUUAAAUUUGCCAAAUUUUCAUUGCCAGAA